AAAACAGGAAGGAAGUGGAGGCGCAGAGAGUGUUUUCUUUGUUCCUGUUCCACGGUCCUGUUUGCAGACGGUUAUGUGUCAGGAAUCAUCAAUGCACCGCGUACAUGAUUAGUCUUGUGUGGCUUUUGCAAUGAAGAAAGGCUCUCAACCAAGAGCCAACAAGGGUCCAUCGCCUUCAUCGUCCAGUCCCACCAUGAAGUCACCAUCAUCAUCCUCCUCCAACAAAGCCAAAGCUGCUCCGUCUUACGCAGCGAGAGGACCGAAAGAUCGUCGCCUGGAUGUGACUGAGGAAAGUGACGUUCCAGAUCACGACGGAGAUAAAAAUAACGAAUCGGGAGUUCGUUACAUCACAGAACCCCUCAUACAAAAGCAGACGAAGCAGGAAAACUUGGCCUUUGUUACCUCUUUGAACCUUUCUCUGUCUAAAGAAGGGGGCAAAAAAUUUAAGUUUAUAGAAAACCUUGGAAAAUGUGAACGGCUUGAAAUUCUAAAUCUCGGCUACAAUCUAAUUGAGAAAAUCGAGAAACUGGAAAAACAGACGCGACUGAGAGAACUCAACUUAUCUCACAACAAAAUCAGCAAAAUUGAAGGCUUGGAGCAUAUGCAGCAUUUACAGAAAUUAAACUUGGCUGGAAACGACAUCGAACACAUUCCCGUGUGGGUCGGGAAGAAGCUCCGAUCUCUCAGCAUCUUAAAUCUGAAACAGAAUAAGAUCUUCUCCCUUCAGGAUGUGUCUCGGUUAAAGCCUUUGAAAGACUUGGCUUCGCUCUUUCUGGCUGAUAAUCCCAUUUCAAACCUUCCUCACUAUCGGCUCUACACCAUUUUCCACCUACGGGCUUUGGAUUCGUUGGACGGACAGCCGGUGACAAACCAGGAAAGACAAGAGGCUCAUGACCGUUUCAACAUAGAAGAGGUAGAAAAACUGGAGAGCGAGUUAGAGAAAAAGAUGCACGAGAUUCAAGAACUUCAAAGCCAGAAGGCAAAAGUGGUUGACGAGCUCCAGAGCCAGGGCGAGACGAACAAGUCGCUCAAACAGCAGGCCGUGCAACAGAAGAAGAACUACAAGGAGCUUGAGAGGGAGGUGGAGACCAAGAAUGAAAUCCUGAAGCAGAAGACCUUGGAGUUGACCCGCGCAUGUCAGAAGCAGUACGAACUGGAACAAGAACUGGCUUUCUAUAAGAUCGACGCCAAAUUUGAACCAAUGGGCUACACGUCUCCCGAGAACGUUGAGGCCGAGGAUGCUCCGGGAGAAAGCCCUUACAUCGGGAAGGCCAGGUACAAGAGAAAUCUGUACGCGCAAGAAGGUUUCAUCGCAGAUCAUGCGCAGCAGCUGCAGACGGGGAAGAUGGAAUUGGACGGAGACGACCAGAUCAGAAACGAGCAAAUCAGAGCGCGAAUCCACACGACUCUCGACGUAGAUCUGGACGACAAGGAGAAAAACAUCUCAGCGGCGCAAACGAGACUAACAGAACUCCGUCAACAGAUCAUGAACGCAGAGGAACAGAUUUUAAAGGCAACCGAAGAACUGAAAAAUCUGGAAGAGGCCAUCGCUCAGAAAAAGAUUUCCGAAGCAGAAAAGGAAAAACUUCGCCAACAAUUGGGCAGCAAAAUCCAGCUCUUAAAUCAGCUGAGACAGGAGGCGCAGGAGCUGGAGAACCAGAUGGAGCGGCAGAGGCGAGAGAUGGACAAGAAGCACAAGGAGAUCGACGACCUUCAAAAAUAUCUGGACUCCCUCAAUCCACAGGACCCCAGACACACCCAUGUGAAGGCGCAGAAGGCCGGCAAGGAGCAGCAGCUGGACAUGAUGACCCGGCAGUACCAGGAGCUCGAGGCUCGGCUGGACGAGAUGCUCUCCCGGAUAACGAAAGAGACGGAGGAGAUCAAGGACCUGGAGCAGCAGCUCACCGAGGGUCAGAUCGCUGCCAACGAAGCCCUGAAGAGGGAUCUAGAAGGCAUAAUAGCCGGGCUGCAGGAAUAUCUGGAGAGCGUGAAAGGCCAAGCCAAGCAAGCCCAGGAAGAAUGUCGAGAACUUCAGUCUGAAAGAGAGGAGUUACUUCAACGGCUAUCGGAACUGGAAGAAGAGAAGAAACAGCUGGAGAUCGUAGCUACGGAUGCAGAGAAUCUGAGAAAGGAAAUCUCGCAGCUGGAGCGCAGCCUUCAAGAGCAACAAGAACUCAACGCGACUCUACGGCAAGCUCAAGGAGACCUCAGCGAGUAUGAGGCAGAGCUGGAGGCCCAGCUGAAAGUGAGAGACGCGGAGGCCAACCAGCUGAAGGAGGAACUGGAGAGGGUGAAACGGCUCAGUCAUAUGGAGAGUUCUGCCCUGCAAGCAGAGCUCGAAAAAGACAGACAGGCUCUGGAGAACGUGCUCACCAAAGCUCAACUGUUGGACGAAAAGGAGAAGGAAAACAAAAAGCUGUUGUCUCAGUUGAAACAAACGAAGGGAGAUAACGAGUUCCUUAAAGAGCAACUUGAAAACCUCCAGGCCCAGCUUGACGACGCUCUGGAUAACCUGGUCCACCCAGAGCAGAUCAGAGCCAGCGUCCACGAUCUCAAGCGGAAAUUACAGACCGGCGUUGGGGAAGUUAGGUCCACCAGCCCCUCGGACGUUCUAGGACAAAGCCUGGCAGAUCUGCAGAAACAGAUAAACGGAGUCCUCGCGAAGGCGCAAGAGGAGAAGAAAGAGGCCUUGGAGAGGCAGAAGAAAUUAGAGGAGGAAAUCUCUUCACUGCAAGAAAAGGCAAGGGAUGCGCCAGCAGAUUUUAAAAGGGCCUGCAACAUGGCAGCUGAGGCUAAGAUGCAAACGGAAAGAAGGCAAUAUGAAGCCAAGCUGCGGCAGCUGGAGAACGAAAUCCGCCGCCUCAAUGGCAAACUUAAAAACAUGGAGGACAUCCAAGGCCUGGCUGACCAACAGCUCGUGGAGGCAGACGAGGAGCGCAAGAAGCUGCUCGCCGAGCUGCAAGAAUUGGAAGAGAAGCGAAGGGCAGAAGAUGCUCAGGCUCAGAAACAGAUGUCCGAUCUGGAAAAAGAGCUGAGGCAGUUAAAGCGGGCAGUGGCUGCUUCCGACAAGAUGGCCACCUCUGAGCUGUCCCACGCCAAAGAUCAGCUGAAGUCUCUACACGGGGCCGUGCUUAAGAUAAAUCAGGAACGGACUGAGGAGAUGCAAGAAGCGGGAAAUUUCUGCUCUCAAGCGGCACAAGCGUCUCGAGAUCUCGCGAAGGCAGAAGCGGAGAUCGACUUGUUGCAGAACCUUCUUAAGGAAAGAGAAAAACAACUUCAAGAUGAAAUGCAGAGCGCAGACGCUGGGGCCGCGACUUCUAAUCUGCAGCAGCUUGAAAUCGAUAAAUUAAACCAAACAUUGAAGAGACAAAAGGAGGAAAUCGAACGUCUCAAGCAUCUAUUGGAUCACGCCAGAGCCGAUAAUGUUGGUGAGAUCGAGGAACUGUUAGAUGAGAUUGAUUCUCUCAGGCAUGCGUUGGAUUACCAGAAUGACUAUAUCACCAGCAUGGCCGACCCAUUCCGCCGAAGGGGCUACUGGUGUUACAUGCCCUCUCCAUCGAACACUUCGGGGCCGGAUUCCACGAGCACGAAGGACUCCGGGGUUGGUUUACAGUAUCCAAUGACAUCAUCACCCGCGAGGCGUACCUGCAGUCCUAUGAGAUACCCCAAAAAAGAAGGGGCCGCCGGUCAUUGGGUGUAUACACCUCUCCGGCAGGGCCUGCACAGAUGGCGCACCGGCAGAGGUGACGGAGAUGACGGUGAAACGCAGAGCGAUUGUAGCGUGCCGGGUCACUUCGUGCCGCCUCCCGGCUCGGUUAUUUACACGGUAUUUCCAGAUGGUGCCCCUGCCCCUCAGGGGACUGUGAUUUAUGCCCCCCCUCCGCCCGGUGGAAGCAGACCGGUGGCUCCUGGAACGGUCAUUUACGGGCCACCUCCUGUAGGAACCCAAGUGGUUUACGGGCCGCCCCCGGCUCACUUUGCGGUUCCGGUCAUCCCCGCUGGCGUCCUUCACUGUAACGUGCCCACCCAUCACAAUCUAGAAAAUGAAAUCACCCGCCUCGAAGACAUCGUCGACCAUUUGAAAUCUCGCCGUCACAAAGAAAAGAAAGCAAAGGAGCGGUUACUCGCGGAUAUCGAUGACCUCGAGCGUCAAAAAGAAAUACUUUGGAAGGAAACGGAGGAAUUGCGUCUAUCAUCCCAAAAACGCAAGCGGAAAGACUUUGUCGAAGGGCAUCUGGACAGCUUAAUCACAGAGCUGAAGCUCGAGCAGUCCUUGCAGCACCACGACGACAUCGCGGACGAGAUCGAAUGCAUCGAGAAAACUCUUUCAAAGCGUAGGGCAGAGCUUCGAGAGGCCGACCGCCUGCUGGCCGAAGCGGAGACAGAACUGAAGAACACGCGUACCAAGACUUCGGAUAUCAUUGAGAAGUACAACUCUGCCAGAAAGCAUCUGAGCCACACGGAGAGCGACGCGGAGGAGCUGGAGCGGAGAGCGCAGGACACCGCCACGCAGCUUGUGAAAGCCAACCAGCAGCUGAGGAUGCUGCAGGCGAGCACACAAGACCUGGAGCGGCACCGAGCGGAGCAGGAGAACGUCCUGAAGGACAUUAACGCGGUGGUGUCCGCGAAGGACGCCGAGUUCCAGUCUCUCAGCAGCAAAAUCCAAACCAUGGCUGAUAAUCUUCAGAAACUUCAGACUGACUUGGAAAUGGCGGAAGGAAAGGAAGAUCAUCAUUUAAAUACCCUAAAAGAAGCGCAAAUCAUCCUCCAGGAGAAGGUGGUCACUCUAGAACAUGUAAACAGUCAGGUGUCCGCUCAGCAGCAAGAGAUUGUGGACCUGGACCGGCUUUUGGGUCAGAAGGAAGAGGAGCUGCAUCUUCUCCAGGAUCAAAUUGACCAAAAGAAAGCCAGCCUGAAGGAGGUCCUACGGGACGGAGAGAUGGACGUGUCUCAGAGACGCCAAGAGAUAAAGGAGGUGAGGUCCCUGUUGGAGGAUUUAAGUGCUCAAAAGGGGGAACUCAACGCCCAGCUGAACGAGAGGAGAGCGCAGCUGGCCGUCCUGAAACAGGAGGUGGCCGAGGAAGAAGAUACUCUGCAGAAGGUGGCAUCUCAGAUCCAUAAACACAAAUCAGAGCUGAAACAUGUGUUGGAAAUGAUUCAGUUUGAAUCGAAUGAGCUGGAAGGACUAAGAUUUCAGCACAACCAGAAAGUGAACGAGAUGGAGAAGACUCAGUGCGCCGUGCUGGAGGGGAAGAUGGAGUUGGAAAACCUGCAGCGGACGUGUCAGCGGCUUCGCGGGGACACGGACUGGCAGAAGCAAGUGAUGGAGAAAGACAGCCGGGAAAUGGAGCUUCUCCGGAGCCAGACGCUCUCCCUGCAGCAGAACAUCGAGAUCCUGAGCAGAGAGAAGGAGCAGCUGGAGAGGAGCAGGCAAGACCUAGAGAAGAAGCUAGACCAGGCCAAAAAAGAUCUGCUCGCUUCAGAAGACGGCAACCGAGCCGCAGCCUCGAACCUGGAGAAGCUGCGGGCGGAAAUCAAGAACCUGCAAAAAGAUAUUGAGCAGCUGAACAAGCGGAAGCAGUGCCUAAAGGAGGAAGCUGCAGCGGCACAGCAGUUACUGCAAGAGAAAACAGAGGAGCUGAAUUUGUUAAAAGAUGAACUUACUGACUCCAAGGAACAGCUGAAAGUCGUCGAACAGGAUCUCCGAAACAGCACCAAGAAUCGAGACGACUUACUCCGAGAGCAGGCCAGGCUGCAGAAGGAGACUGAGGAGAGUAUGGGGAGGUUCAAGCUCCUCCAGGAGAAAGAGACCAGGAAGGAAGGCCACCUGAAGCAGAUGCAGAGAGCCAUCGAGCAGAAGGAGGACGAGGUCGCAAAACAGGAGAGGAUCCUGAAGCAAAUAAUGAAAGAAAUGGAGCAUCAGGAGGAGCAUCUGAAAGCGUCGGCAGCUAAACUGAGGGAUCACAAGCAGACUAUGGAGUGGGAACUGGCCAAUCGGCAGAACGCGCUGGAACUGGUGACCUCGAAAGUGAAGGAACUGGAGGAACGCGCCCUGAAACUGCAGCAGGAGGAGAAGUGGUCGCUGGCACUGCAGGAAGCUCUCAGUAACACGCGACUCCAGCUGUCCCAGACAGAGCAGCAGCUGGAGGAGAAAAACAGUGAGAUUUUGGCCCUGCAGAAGCACCUGGAGAUUUACAAAAGCGAUCUGAGCCGCUUGCAGGAUCAAAUGACUUCACAGAAGGACAAAGACGAGAAAAGGAUCUCGGUACUUAAAGAAACCAUUAACGGCCAAAGGAUCCAGUACGAGGACACCAUCCAGGAACUAAAAGAGGCAAAAAGCAGUUUGUGGAAGCGGCUCACUACGGUGGAACAGGCGGCGUACGACAACCAUGACCGCGCCAGACAUCUGCUGAAGGAACUCAAGCAACUUCAAGCAGAAUAUGCAGUCCUGCAGAAGCAGCUCAAGAGCCAAGAGGAACUUGACCAGCGACAGCAGGAUGUUAAUGAAGCCGUGCGAGCCUUGAAGGCCCAGGUGAAGAUGGAAAUCCAAAGCAGCCUUACGGGUUUCUGUCGUCCUGAUGAGCAGGAGUUGGCGGAAGACGUGGACGGGGUUCUGGAGGAUAACGAAAGCCUACGGGCUCAGCUAGAGAGCUUGAAGGAGAACUUCCCCUUCACAGCCAACGAGGCCUUAAAGCCAUCGCUCCGGGGCAAGAUAAGCCUCACCAAGCCAAGUAUUAUGGAUGAGCACUGGAGAGGAGAAGCUCUUCGAGAAGAACUGCGGCAACAAGAGGACAGACUCAAGGCUCAACUUCACCAAAGGAUGUCCAAGCAAGCCGACGUGCUGAGCCAAGGGCGGCAGCAGACCGAGGGCAGCCUCAUCAGUCUGAAGAAACAGGUCGAUGCCCUGGACGAGCUGGUCAGCAACGGAUCGACGGACUCUCCGUUCCAUUCCCACAAUUCAUCCGGCGCGGCAGCCGCGUUUCACGAUUAUGCUCCGAACCCGCCAAGCCAGAGGUACUUACAAGGAACGAGGAUUACGGGCUCCAGUGGAAUAUUGUCUCAGCAGCUCUAUGCAAUGUACUCACCUGGAACGCAACCUUAAACUAAAUUGUGACAUAUUUCAGGAAACCGGACUGUUUAAACGACGGAGUAGAAGAUUUAAUGCCUUAAAUAUCCAGAGCUCUUUUUGCUUCAAGAUACAGGGACUUACUGUGAAAUGUCUAUAUUUCUGUAUUCUAAGGUCUCAUGGCACAGCCCCCAUACUUCCUUUCACCUAUGCACUGACGUUUGUAUAUACAGAACUUAUUUUAUAUAUUCAAACAAAGAUUUUGUUUAAAUGUAUAUUUUUGAUGGGUUUUCAUAAAAAAAUUUGUAUAGAAAUAA